UACAAAUCAUAACAUCAUUAAAUAAAAGAAAUCAACCUUUGUAUAAGACCAAAGGUUCUGAUAUUAAGUUUUCCUUUUCUGGAAAACUAGAAAACUCAAUUUUUUUCAGCAGCAGAGUUCUAUUAGUAAAGAAUUUUGAUUCUUGAGUAUUUGAUUCGAAGAAAUUUGAGAGAGAGAAAAAAACAUUUUUACUGCAGAUGGUGGUGAAAAACUUUAUUGACAUUGAUAAAAUUAUUAGAUAAAUUCAAGAAUGGUAUCUUUUGGAUAUUUGAAAAGCUUAAAUAUGACAGGGAUGAAAGCACUUAUCUCUGAAAGUGGCAAUCAUAAGUUUGUUAUUAUUAAUUUAGAAUAAUAAUUCAGAUCUUUUUGCCCAGGUAAGAUAUAAAGUACAACUUCUCCCUAUAUAACUGAUUCAUCCAUCAAUAAAAGUACUUUUCUGUUUUCUUAAAGACAGGAAUCUCCACCCUCAGACUGUGCAGUAGCAAUAAUUAAGGCAUUGUAGAGUGACAACAUUCUAUAGGUAAUAAUUUUUCCUGAGGAACCAAAUUUGGUUUUAAGCAUCAUGAAAACAAAUGUGGUCAAACUGAGGUCUGAGAAUAGUUCCCGUUUAUGAAGCACUCACUUUCCUUAGGUACUAUUUUGGGCACCUAAUAGAUCAUAAUUCACAUAACCACCAUAUUAUUAUUGUGCCAAUCUUAUAAAAGUGAAAGCAAGGCAGGGAGAGGUUAAAUGAUUUCCCCAAAGUCACAUGGCUAGUAAGUAGUAUGAUAGGAAUCUAAAUGGAGAAAUGUCUGAUGUUGAAUCCAGUAAUCUCUUUUAAAUUCUAGUGAUUGCUAGAAUUAGGAAUUACAAACACCUGGCAGAUAAUUGACAAUUGAGAAUAAGUGUCUAAAUGAGGUUUAUCGAAUCUCAUUAAUGAGAAAGAGAAGUGAAUUAUCAGAACUUAAAGAGACCUAAACUUGUUAUGGGACAGAAUACUGGUACAGUCUGGUAUGCAAAUAUUGAGGGCAUUUUGAAAUUUAGCUAGCAAUAAUCAUGUAGAUAAGGAAAGAAUUACUUCUCCAAGAUUCUACAUUUUAAAAGAGUUGCACUGAGGAUCUACAUUGAUUAUUAUUAUGUACAAAAGAGAUGUAACGUGAAGCUUUGAAAGUCCAUAGAGAUAAAAAUACGUAAAAAGAGAAUUAAAAUAUAUGAAUGAAAGAAAAGUUGUGAACUAUUUAAUUGUACUUACACAUAAAACCACCGGAUGUCGCUGUCGUCCACAAAAUAGCUUUUCAGAACAAAGGCAUAACUGCUUCUCAAGGACUAGGAAGUAGCUACAAUCUGAGAUCUCAGCCAUUUCGAUAAAAAGUGGAUGUAAGAAAUCGUACAGGAACUAUCCGAACGUGCGUGCGUUCUUGACUGCGGAUUCAUCGAUUUGAAAAAACAAGAGAAAGGUAAGAUGGUCUUCAGAUGGAGCAGCCCGGCAGCCCGGUGUUUGCUGCUCUCGCUCCUGCUCCUGGCGUUCUGGGAGGCGGGGAGCGGCCAGCUCCACUACUCGGUCCCCGAGGAGGCCAAGCACGGCACCUUCGUGGGCCGCGUCGCGCAGGACCUGGGGCUGGAGCUGGCGGAGCUGGUGCCGCGCCUGUUCCGGGUGGCGUCCAAGGACCGCGGGGACCUUCUGGAGGUGAAUCUGCAGAAUGGCAUUUUGUUUGUGAAUUCUCGGAUCGACCGGGAGGAGCUGUGCGGGCGGAGCGCGGAGUGCAGCAUCCACCUGGAGGUGAUCGUGGACAGGCCGCUGCAGGUGUUCCACGUGGAGGUGGAGGUGAGGGACAUUAAUGACAACCCGCCCACGUUCUCCGUAAAAGAACAAAAGCUGUCAAUACCUGAAUCUAGACUGCUUGACUCUCGAUUUCCGCUAGAAGGCGCGUCUGAUGCAGAUGUUGGCGAGAACGCAAUGCUUACCUACAAACUCAGUCCGAAUGAGUUUUUCCUUCUUGAUGUUAUUAAAAAAAAAGAUAAAGACAAAUUCCCAGUGCUUGUUCUGCGAAAACUGCUAGAUCGUGAAGAAAAUCCGCAGCUUAAGUUGAUACUGACAGCGACUGAUGGAGGCAAACCCGAAUUUACCGGAUCUGUUUCUCUGCUGAUCCUGGUGUUAGAUGCCAACGAUAAUGCCCCUGUAUUUGACAGACCCGUUUAUGAAGUUAAGAUGUAUGAAAAUCAGGCGAACCAAACGUUAGUAAUAUGGCUUAACGCUUCUGACGCGGAUGAAGGAAUAAACAAGGAAAUGAUGUAUUCAUUCAGCUCUUUGGUUCCACCCACGAUAAGGACGAAAUUUCAGAUAAAUGAAAGGACGGGAGAGAUAAAAGUAAAUGAUGCUAUCGACUUUGAGGAUAGUAACACUUAUGAAAUUCAUGUAGAUGUUACAGACAAAGGAAACCCACCUAUGGUUGGUCACUGCACCGUCGUAGUGGAACUACUGGAUGAAAAUGAUAAUUCACCGGAGGUGGUUGUCACUUCUUUGUCGCUCCCAGUGAAAGAAGAUGCUCUGGUGGGCACUGUCAUCGCCCUGAUCAGCGUGUCUGACCGUGACUCUGGCGCCAACGGACAGGUCACUUGCUCCCUGAUGCCCCACGUCCCCUUCAAGCUGGUGUCCACCUAUAAGAAUUAUUAUUCUUUGGUGCUAGACAGCCCCCUGGACCGCGAGAGCAUAUCCGACUAUGAUCUGGUGGUGACAGCCCGGGACGGGGGCUCGCCUUCGCUGUGGGCCACCGCCAGCGUGUCGGUGGAGGUGGCCGACGUGAACGACAACGCGCCGGCCUUCGCGCAGCCCGAGUACACGGUGUUCGUGAAGGAGAACAACCCGCCGGGCUGCCACAUCUUCACGGUGUCGGCGCGGGACGCGGACGCGCAGGAGAACGCGCGGGUGUCGUACUCGCUGGUGGAGCGGCGGGUGGGCGAGCGCGCGCUGUCGAGCUACGUGUCGGUGCACGCGGAGAGCGGCAAGGUGUACGCGCUGCAGCCGCUGGACCACGAGGAGCUGGAGCUGCUGCGGUUCCAGGUGAGCGCGCGGGACGCGGGCGUGCCGCCUCUGGGCAGCAACGUGACGCUGCAGGUGUUCGUGCUGGAUGAGAAUGACAAUGCGCCAGCGCUGCUGGCGCCUCGGGUUGGCAGCACGUUUGGCGCUGUGACCGAGGCGGUGUCGCGGAUGGUGGGCGCGGGCCACGUGGUGGCGAAGGUGCGCGCGGUGGACGCGGACUCUGGCUACAACGCGUGGCUGUCGUAUGAGCUGGAGCCAGCGGCGGGAAGCGCGCGCAGCCCGUUCCGCGUGGGGCUGUACACCGGCGAGAUCAGCACGACGCGCGCCCUGGACGAGGCGGACGCGCCGCGCCAGCGCCUGCUUGUGCUGGUGAAGGACCACGGGGAGCCCGCGCUGACCGCCACGGCCACCGUGCUCGUGUCGCUGGUGGAGAGCAGUCAGGCUCCAAAAGCCUCUUCGCGGGCGUUGGCGAGUCCUGUGGGCCCGGAGGCGGCGCUGGUGGAUGUCAACGUGUACCUGAUCAUCGCCAUCUGCGCGGUGUCCAGCCUGCUGGUGCUCACGCUGCUGCUGUACACGGCGCUGCGGUGCUCGGCGCCGCCCAGCGAGGGCGCGUGCGGGCCGGGCAAGCCCAGGCUGGUGUGCUCCAGCGCGGUGGGGAGCUGGUCACACUCGCAGCAGAGGUGUGCUCUGGGGAGGGCCUGCCUAAGACGGAUCUCAUGGCCUUCAGCCCCAGCCUUCCGCCCUGCCCAGUGGUAGAAGUGGAAGUGGAAGAUGAUCAGUCUGUUGGAGGGAACCAGUCUAGGAAGCCACGACAGCCCAACCCUGACUGGCGUUACUCUGCCUCCCUGAGAGCAGGCAUGCACAG